UUCCAAACCCCCAUCCAAGCACAUAUAUAUACCCCCACAGAUUUCACUUUUUCGCCUGUCUGACUCCCUCACUGCCCUGUCGUGUCUCCUCAUCGCCGUCACGUUUGUAGAGUCUGAAACUCAAAAGAAGCCAAGAUGUCUGACGGAAAGAAGAUGACAUCGAGCCGCAGGCAUCAUCUCAAGAGUUUGAUCCUGCAGAUCGCUGCUUCCUGGAUUGAGCAGGAGACUAAGGAGGCCGAGGCCGCCAAGGAAGCGUACAUGGCAGAGCAUUGCGCCGCCCCCGACCUGAGCGGAGACCAGGCGGCUCUGAUGGAAAUCUGCAAAAAGCUGCACCAGGCCCUCGACAAGAUCGAUGAGGAAAGAUACGACGCAGAGGCCAAAGUGACUAAGACAGACAAAGAGAUUGAAGAUCUGAAGCUGAAGGUGGUGGAUCUGGCCGGAGUGAAGAAGCCCGCCCUGAAGAAAGUGCGUAUGUCGGCCGACUCCAUGCUGCAGGCUCUGCUGGGAGGAAAACACAAGGUGACCAUGGACCUGAGGUCCAACCUGAAGCAGGUCAAGAAGGAGGUCAAAGAGGAGGCGGCAGAUGCUGGCGACUGGCGUAAGAACAUUGAGGACAAAGCCGACAGGAAGAAGAUGUUCGAGACUUCCUAAAGACUUUUACUUCAACUCUUUAUUACAUCUCACCUUUUUUUCAUGGAAUUGAAAAACACACUUGUGCCAUUAAAUUGUUUUUUGGAAUAAGGCAA